CAUUUGCAUGUUCCAUACAAACCACGAGUUAUCAAAUUGAUACAUCACAUACAAUUUAGUAACACUUCUCAGUCCUCUCAAUUAUUUUGCAUUGCAAUGGCUACUUCUUUGGUGAUUGCUUUUUGUGUAAUGAUAAGCUUUGUUGGUUGUGCUUAUGCUCAACCAAGAGCUUUCUUUGUUUUUGGAGAUUCUCUAGUGGACAGUGGUAACAAUGACUUUCUUGCUACCACGGCCCGAGCCGACAAUUAUCCAUAUGGCAUUGAUUAUCCAAGUCACAGGCCUACAGGGCGUUUCUCUAAUGGCUACAAUAUCCCUGACCUAAUUAGUUUGGAGCUUGGGUUAGAGCCUACACUUCCAUACUUGAGCCCACUACUAGUUGGAGAGAAGCUUCUAAUUGGUGCCAACUUUGCAUCCGCUGGGAUUGGAAUUCUCAAUGAUACCGGAUUCCAGUUUAUCCAUAUCAUUCGAAUCUACAAGCAGCUAAGGCUAUUUGAAUUGUAUCAGAAAAGAGUAAGUGCACACAUUGGUUCAGAAGGAGCAAGAAACCUAGUCAACAGAGCACUCGUACUCAUCACUCUUGGUGGCAAUGAUUUUGUCAACAACUAUUAUUUGGUUCCUUUUUCAGCAAGAUCUCGUCAAUUUUCUCUCCCAGAUUAUGUCCGUUAUCUCAUUUCCGAGUACCGCAAAGUUCUCAGGAGGCUUUAUGAUUUGGGAGCUCGUAGGGUUCUUGUAACGGGAACAGGACCAAUGGGGUGUGCACCAGCAGAAUUAGCUAUGAGAGGAGGUCCAAAUGGUCAGUGUAGUGUGGAACUUGAGAGAGCUGCAUCCUUAUACAAUCCUCAACUUGUUGACAUGAUCAGAUCACUAAACCAAGAGAUUGGCUCUGACAUCUUUGUUGCUGCUGAUGCAUAUAGAAUGCACAUGGAUUACAUUACCAACCCUCAAGCUUAUGGAUUUGCAACAUCAAAGGUAGCAUGCUGUGGACAAGGGCCAUACAAUGGACUUGGGCUUUGUACACCAGCCUCAAACUUGUGCCCAAACAGAGAACUUAAUGCUUUUUGGGAUGCAUUCCAUCCAUCUGAAAAGGCAAACAAAAUCAUAGUCAACCGAAUCCUUAGGGGCAGUGCUCAGUACAUGUAUCCCAUGAAUCUCAGCACUAUCAUGGCCUUAGAUUCCAGGACUUGAUCAAUCCAUCCAAGACAUUUGGUUAAUGUUUUUUUGUUAGUUUAUGUGUGUAUUUUCUUUAUCUGUGUCCUUUUGUUUUGUAUUCCAUAGCUAGUGGUUUGUCAUGCCAAGUUCUUGAGUACUGGUUUUCCCACUCAAAUUGUCAGUAAUAAAAUGUCUUCCUUUGUUUCAA